GACACACACAUGCUGCUACCGGCUAAACCAGCGCCUGCCUGCCUCUGUUAGCUCCCAGCAUCCUCUCUGCUGCAUACAUCAAAAGAACAGUUUUAUCCUGUAACUGUUUUUCUGUUUUUGAGUUUAAGAGGUAAAGAAAAGCCGGCUGCUUCCUGUGUCUGCUGCCUCUCGCUCACCCUAAUUCCUUUCAUCCUCUCGCUCUCUCUCUCGCUCUCACACACACACAUCCCCAUCACAUCCACACCCACACCCAAGGAUACCCUCCCUGCCUCUCUGCCUCCGUCUCUCUCAGCCCAUCUCCUCUUCCCCUUACUACAUUUUUUUAAUUCAUCCUCUGGGGUGGAGAUGCUCAUCUGACCUCCUCCCAUUUAAAAAAAAAUUCCAGGACUUUAGUGGAUGGUUUUUUUCCAUCCCUGCUCUUCUACUUUGUUGCUACCUGUGGAGGUUUCCUGGUUCAUCUCUUGCCAGCCGUCACACAGCCCCGCGCAGAGGCACCAUGCUGGGAUUGGACGUGUGUGAGUUCGGGGGUCAGGUGCUGGAGCUGCUGUGGUUAACUAUGUGCUACAAAGGUCUACUGGCUGACAAGAAGGAUCUGUAUAUAGAGGAGGAAGAGGAUGACAGGAACCUCGGCUACACUGCUCCGGUCCAGAAGAGUUUGGAGGAGAUUCAGGCACUGGACAAGGACGACGAGAGUCUGGUGAAAUACAAGCAGACUCUGCUGGGGAAGGCAACACUGUUGGCAGACCCCGGUGUGCCAAAUGUCCAUGUGACCAGACUAACCGUGACGUGCGAUGAAGCUCCUCGACCGAUGACCAUGGACCUGACAGAGCUGAGCGAUCAGAAGGAGAAGUCGACCAUCUCCAUAAAGGAAGGAGUGACCUUCAGACUAAAGAUAGAUUUCAAGGUGAACAGAGAAAUCGUGUCUGGUCUGCGGUACCAUCACAAGAUGUUCAGAAAAGGAAUAGUCGUGGACAAGCAGACUUACAUGGCGGGAAGUUUUGGCCCAAAGGAAGAGGAGCAAGAGUUUCUAACUCCAGUUGAUGAGACACCUAACGGCUUGAUGAACCGCGGCCACUAUCAGGUCAAAUCCUGCUUAAAAGACGACGACAAAAAUGUCCACUUGAGCUGGGAGUGGAGCCUCGACGUCAACAAGGACUGGAUUGAAUAAAGCCCAAGGAAUAAGAUGAUCAUCCCGUCUUUCACAACUAUUCACCUCGUUCCUUUUAUCCUUACCCUUUCACCCUCCUUCAUCUCAACUUGUGGGAAUAGCCUCGAGACAUGAGGCUUUCUCCUCCUCCUCCUCCUCUUCCUUUUUAUUCCCCUUUUCUUUCCUGUCUUUAAAAUGCAGGUGUCCUUACAGGGACUUUCAGAGAUAAGAUACCCCCAAUCUCUCUGCCUUUUCUCCCUGCAUUUGUAUUCUUCUUCCACAUUCUUCAACAUAUUUACCCAAUCAACAAAGGGAAAUACAAUACAUACAUAUAGUACAUUGCGUACUCGCAUUCUGUCCCCAUAGAGAAGAGAUGAUUCACAUAAACAGGGAGUAACUUUGGAUGCUCUGCAGGAAUUCUGGGUUUACACGUCGGAAAAUGAGUUAAAACGUUUACCAAUAAAUAGUACUAGUUAUGUGGGGAGGGCUAAUAGAUACUGUGUGACAUGCAGCUCAUAGAGGCCUUAAAACCCUUAGGGCAAAAUAAACAUGGUACACACAAGUACAAGACACACCUGAGUGGACCAUGUUUGUGCUCUUCGUGCCGGAUUGCCUCGAUUUGUGUCAAAAUACGCACUCCUUCUAUUAGUUAUUUGUCAGUCACACAUCUGGACAUGUAGACAUAUUAAACAUGUUGCUAGAUCCAGUUCAAACCCUGCAGGAAACCAUUAUCACUGAGGUCCAAAAAAACUCCUUAACUCUACCUGAGAAACCUCAUGUUACGUUUUAUUCAGCAUCAAAAUAACCCAGUUAGACUCGUCUGUACAUCCAACACUGCAAUCAGGAACUGCUAAGAGCUAAGUAUGGAUUGUUAAAGAUGCCAGUUUAGCUAAAUGUACACGAAUGGAGACAAAAAUGAAUCCUGAAGUUGGAGGCGAUCCCAUAACUAACUGAAUCUAUGGGAACACUAUACUACUUCCUGUUUAAAUUCCCCUAGAAAUUAUGACAACUGUAUUUACCAGACUUAUAGCAUGAUGCUGUUGGAGAUGGAGUGAUAUUUUAUUUGCUUUCUCAUUCUGUCUUUCUUUACAUUUUUAAACAGUGAGAAACUCCUUUAUUUACUUUUGUAUUUCUUUACAUAAAGCAUAUUUUUCCAAAGCCAAAGGCUAUUGAUUAAUUUGUCCGUUGAUUACCAGGUUCAAACAUAUUUACUUUUAAAUCAUGAUGUCGAUAAUUGUUUAAAAUGAGAAUGAAAAAGUCAUUUUUCCUUCAAUGACUCUGCCUUUCAUUUCCAAUAUGACAAUAAAAUACGCACAAUAUUUUUUCUGUAAUUACAAACUUGCCAAAAAAAACAAAAGAGUAAUAGUAUAAAUCAUGAAUUCUACAGGAAGUAUAGGAACGUAAUUAAACUGUGUAUAUUGUAGAAAGAGAUGCAUGUCUGUCUUUUAGGAUUUGAUACUAAUUAUUCAGUAAAAAUUAACAAAAAUUCGCCCUUUCUCGCUCAUAUACCAAGGACAUAAAUGUGAAUACAAUUCUGCUUUGAAAAGAUUUUAAGAUGAACGAUGGAGUACUGUCUGAGAAGUAUAACAAGGGAUGACGUAAUUCCCCUUUAAGAAAAAUAAGAAAUAUAAUUAAUGUGUUAAGUCUUUGGAUAUAAUAUUGUUAAUGUUGCUGAACAUAUUGGAUAUUGAAAUAACAUUUGAAAUCGUUGUGAUCUAAGACUAACUGUAAACGUUGGCUUGUUGAGUGUUGCAUGGUUUAGCGAGAUUCUCUCUUCCUUUUUUUACGAUUUUAUUGUAAAAUUGAAUGUGAUUUUAAAAAAAAGAUACUGACGCAAUAUCAAGAUGUCAAUGGUUGCAAUAUAUUGAGUGCAGUACUUACAGGGAUAUUUUUUAAAGGCACAGAUAGGCGGAAACAUGUGUCUGUGUUUAAUAACCCAGCCUGUAACGAUCAAGUGCUGCAUCCUCAAAUAUUGGUGUCAAAUCUAGUAUACUGUAUCUUUUAAUAAAGGCAAUUCAAACUA